GAGUCACAGUGUGUACUUGUUGUUUGGGGUCUGUGGCUAGCUAGCUAGACAUAUUGGCUAUAUUUGAUAAAACACUACCGUAACGUUACGCAAAGGAGGGAGGAAUCCAAGUGAGCACUGAAUCCUGGAUAGAAGUCACGUCGCUAAAAGAAGAAAUCUGUUUCUGUAAAUGCUGUCACUAUAAAUGAUCCAAACCAGUAGAAAACUGACUGGUUGGCCAGCUCAUAUAAUCGUUGCCUAGGAGUUUUCUGUGACAAGGGAUAAUGUCCCACCACUGAAGAUGGGAGGCAGUGGAUCCAAGGUGAAAGGUGCUUGGCCAUUUGCUGGUUCGGGAGCUGGAGGGGAUUCAGGCAGUGAGGGGCAAGAAGAUCACUCUGUUGCCCGACUCAAAGGGACCAGAAAAACCCCAUUUAUUUUCACAAGGAGGAGCUCUCUCUACUAUGAUGAGGAUGGGGACCUGGCUCAUGAGUUCUAUGAAGAGACUGUAGUGACAAAAAAUGGCCGGAAGAGGUCCAAGCUGAAGAGGAUUCAGAAGAACCUCAUACCUCAGGGAAUUGUGAAGCUAAACCACCCCCGGAUCCAUGUAGAUUUUCCUGUCAUCCUCUUUGAGGUGUGAAUCCCACUGGGGGGGUGGUCCAACGUGGAAAAGACACAUGUCAGUCUGACCAUCACUACAACUGCUCCAUCCUGAACGCUAGUGUUCCUCUGAGAAAAUGGGUGGGAUGUCUGACUACGCUCAGAAGCUGUGGACAGACCACCGGAGCUAUGUUGCGGACGAAAGGGAAGGGAGGAGUAGAUAGAGUUAAACGUUCUGCCUUCUGUGAUGUAGAGAAGUGUGUGUGUGAAAGAAAGGUAGCAAGAUCAGGGGAAGGUUUAGGAAUUCCCACUGUACUGUAUAUGUUGACCAUUUUCAUGUUGUAAUGUUAUCAUAUCUAAGUCUGCCUCUAUGAUUGGAGGCCAGACCUGCACUAGUCAACUUUUUUAAUGUAAAAAAAUAAUAAUAAUUAUACAAAAGCUGUCUGAGUUGGAAAUACUUGAAUAAAUGGUUUACCAGGCUGAAAGAC